UUAUUAGUAAUCAAAGUCCCAGGGGAGACAGCGGUCAGCUUGUAGCCUACCGCUGCUCUAUGUUAAGAUUGAAAAAUCCCUUGCAUGGGUCUUGGUUGAGAAAAGUCGAGUGUUUUCCCUCAAAGAAUGAAUUUCUGGUUACAAGAAUGAGCAACUCGUGAUGUGUAGGUGAAAGAUGGCCCCCGAUCCGCAGUUUUGUCUCCGAUGGAACAACUUUCAAAGCAAUAUCACCUCGCAGUUCGAAACCCUCAGACAAGAUGAGGACUUUGUCGAUGUCACACUGACCUGUGAUGGGAAAAGUGUUAAAGCGCACAAAGUAGUAUUGUCUGCCUGCAGUCCAUACUUCAAAGAAUUAUUCAAGAACAACCCAUGUAAACAUCCAAUUAUAAUUUUAAAGGAUGUGCAAUGGUUUCACUUAUGUGCCUUAGUGGAAUUCAUGUAUGCUGGUGUAGUAAAUGUUGCCCAAACAGAGUUACCAGCUUUUCUGCAGACUGCAGAAUCUCUUCACAUUUUAGGCUUGACAGAUGCACCACGGCUGCACAAAGAUGGAAAACAAGUUAAGGAUCCAUCAAAAAGAGCUUCAGCAAGCGUAGCCUCUUCCUCAGGAACCUCUUCUGCAGCAAACCCCACCAACACUGACGCAGGAGAAGAUGAUGAAGGUGACGGUCAGAGUGGGAGUCCGUCAGCAAGUCCUCCCCCACCGAAACGAAUUCGUAAAAACGAACUAUUAGAUGACAGAACUCAUGACUCCUCUGACGGCCAAAACAGUCUCAAUGGUCAAGGAAAUGAGCCCUUGGAAGAAGCAGCGGAUCAUGCCUCAUCAGUGCUUCUCCAGCAGUCCCGAUCUGCCUUGACCAUUACACCUUCUCAGCAACAGCAUGAAAUUGAUCAGGCAUACAACGAUGAUUUGGCUGAAAUGUUGGAGCCCAAAACAGAGCUUCCAGAUUAUAAUAGUGACGGUGAAACUCGAGGUGAUGCCAAUGCCUAUCUUGACCAAUCAUCAUAUCCUGGAAUGUCAGAUAUGAUGGCAGGACCUUCAACGCAAGGGACUUCAGAUGGAACAGUAACAGAGACUGACCCAGCCUAUUUCCAAGAGAUUUUUCAAGGUGCCCGUUUUCAGGAGGUCGAAUCAGUCUGGACCCCACCCCCAAGAAGAAGGAGGCCAUAUCCUAGCCAGUGCGUUAAUGGACCCAUGGUGACCCUUGGACCGGGUGUGGAAGUGUCAGCAGCGCAACUGGAGUCAUUAAAGUGGUCAGAUUAUCGGAAACUAACAAGAGGACUAGCUGGACUAGUUUUUACUCCGUUGGAAUUAGCAACGCGCUCCGUCACAGGCCAGCGGUGGAGCAGGGCAAAUACAUAUGGACCUGAUGCUGCUAAUCGGAAAGUGAAGCCAGCUCUCGACAAUGCCAAAGUCAACGCUAUCCUUUAUCAUGUGAAGAGUAUUUUUCCAGAAGUUGAAGUAGCUCGGAUCAAGCAAGUGCUUGCUUAUAAGUGUCAAGAGUCUUCAGUGGCUCUUAAACUUAAAGCAGGUAUCUUCCAAAAUGUCCGUAAUCUCCCUGAACUGCAAAACCCAUCAGUGCAUCAACAUGACCACCACAUGAAUCAAGGCCAUCAAAUGAUGGGAAUGCAGAGCCACCAAGGGGCACCUACAUAAACCACAGAAAGAAACAGAAAUGCAAGAAAGCAAGGUUCAUUUCUAUGUAAUUUUUUUUCUUUUCUUUUUUUGUUUUUCUUGUGACUUUUCCACUAAAUACUUGAAAAGACAAUACUCAAUACAGGCCAAGUACUUACACUGCCCAUUGGAAACAAUUGGUUCUGCACACCUAUUUAUGAUUGUCAAUUGUUCGCUUGAUGCUACUUUAAUUAAACACAAACUUGCAUUUUCUUAGUGGCUUUUCCACCUUUCUUAAGUUUUUCUUGGUGUAAGGAAGAUUUUUUUAUGGCUCUUUCAAACCGAGUGGUAGUUAAAUUUUAACUAUUAGUGUAUUUUGCAAUUCUAAUUUUUUCCCUAAUGAGGAUAAAUUGUAUGGUAUUGGUACUUAUGUGCAAACACAAUUUUUCCCCAUGUUUAUCUGUUAUGUUGAAAGGGCUUGCAAUAUUGUUGUAUUUAGUAUUCAGCUAUUUUUUUUAUCCUUAUUUUCUUGUUUACUUAUUGGGUGCUGUACUAGCUGAUUUCAUAGCGUGUGAACAAAACUUCUUACGGGUUACAUACUGAGCAUAUGUCAUCAUAAGUAGUGAUUCUUAAUCCUAGUGUAAAAAUGUAGCUUGCCCUUUUCAACGAAAUUCUUGUCCUUGAGUAUUAUGGUACAUUUUUCUGUGUGUUUCACUAGUUAGGAUUGUUUUCAUUAUUUCAUUAAUUUAGUAAUUAUGUCAUGCCCAAAGAAUUCAAACUUUUUGUCAUGUGAGAUACAUGUCAAAAUAACAAGCCUUGUAAUGCAAUUUAACCAGCCAAUCAUUGUGAUAUUUGCUAUAGGUAGUGGAUUAGGGUCUGUGAGGUUUCUGCUCUUGGAGGUCAAAUGUAUGAGGUAAAGAACUGUUCUUUCAGAAACCAAUUCAAAGUCAAUCAGUAUUUUUAAGUGACACUGCUAGGAUAUUGUCCAGUUGCAGGCAGUCGACUUUGUUCAACGAUUAUGCUUAAGUGAAAUGUGGUUUUUAAACUUGGGCAAGUUUUCCUUUUCCCAUACUAAUCUUAGAUUGGACGAGUGGUUUAGGCGGUGGUGUCGCCCCGGCCGUGCCCGGCUGCCUCUCGGCUGCCUAGCCCUGGGACGGCCUGGACGGCCUGGACGCCACACGUGGACUGUGAUAUUGGCGACCCUGUGUCGAUGUCGAGCAUGUCGCACCUCGGGCUGGUGGAGCACGCCUCGGGGGUUGGAUGUAGACUGUCUCCAAAAUAAAGCUUCUUUCUCAUCGAA